GUUCACUGACUCAGCAGUUAACUGAUGUCGCGGGUGGUGUUUUUAAAGUUCAACCGAUUCAAGAGCAUUAUCAAAGAAUGAGUGUGCUGGAUAGUCAAUGGAUGCUGAUGCCACAGCAACAUACCUCAUGGGUACGUGAAAGUUACUUAUUUGGUUGCGAUGAACAACCUUGGGUAAAAGCAAAAAUAUCCAUGGCAAAGCACGUUUAUUUAAGCAUAUUCGAACCAAACCGAUCGGAAAAUUUUUAUUUCAACGUACCAAUCCGCUGUGUGAACGGCCAGAAGGUUGGACACGUCAAAGUUGUUAUACUUGGCAUGGUUGUAAAUUUAUUGUUCAAGAGACUUUUCUACCUGCCUUUGAGCAAUUUUUGCAACAACAGCAUAUUUCAAAAUAGAGUAUUGAAGGACUGUCAUGUCGAUCGCGCAACACACCACUUGGCAACA